CGGACAGCACCCACCGCGGCGCGGUCCGGCCGAUCUACGCCAGGCGGCGAGCUAUGCCCGCAGCAUGGCCUGUCGCUCCGGCUCCAUGGCGCUGUUCCUCGGCUUCGGCCUCCUCCAGCUGUGUUCAGGAGUCUGGGGUACGGAUACAGAGGAGCGGCUGGUGGAGCAUCUCCUGGAUCCUUCCCGCUACAACAAGCUUAUCCGCCCAGCCACCAAUGGCUCUGAGCUGGUGACGGUACAGCUUAUGGUGUCACUGGCCCAGCUCAUCAGUGUGCAUGAGCGGGAGCAGAUCAUGACCACCAACGUCUGGCUGACCCAGGAAUGGGAGGAUUAUCGCCUCACUUGGAAGCCUGAGGAGUUCGACAACAUGAAGAAAGUUCGACUCCCUUCCAAACACAUCUGGCUCCCAGAUGUGGUCCUAUACAACAAUGCUGAUGGCAUGUAUGAGGUGUCCUUCUAUUCCAACGCCGUGGUCUCCUAUGAUGGCAGCAUCUUCUGGCUGCCACCUGCCAUCUACAAGAGCGCCUGCAAGAUCGAAGUAAAGCACUUCCCAUUUGACCAGCAGAACUGCACCAUGAAGUUCCGCUCAUGGACCUACGACCGCACGGAGAUCGACCUGGUGCUCAAGAGUGAUGUCGCCAGCCUGGACGACUUCACACCCAGUGGCGAGUGGGACAUCGUGGCACUGCCGGGCCGGCGCAAUGAGAAUCCCGAUGACUCCACUUAUGUGGACAUCACCUAUGACUUCAUCAUACGCCGCAAGCCACUGUUCUACACCAUCAAUCUCAUCAUCCCCUGUGUGCUCAUCACCUCGCUGGCCAUCCUUGUCUUCUACCUGCCAUCUGACUGCGGCGAGAAGAUGACGCUGUGCAUCUCUGUGCUGCUGGCACUCACCGUCUUCCUACUGCUCAUCUCCAAGAUUGUGCCACCCACGUCCCUCGAUGUGCCGCUUGUUGGCAAGUACCUCAUGUUCACCAUGGUGCUUGUCACCUUCUCCAUCGUCACCAGCGUGUGUGUGCUCAACGUGCACCACCGCUCGCCCACCACGCACACCAUGGCGCCCUGGGUCAAGGUCAUCUUCCUGGAGAAGCUACCCACGCUACUCUUCAUGCAGCAGCCACGCCACCACUGUGCCCGCCAACGCCUGCGCCAUCGACGGCGCCAGCGCGAGCGUGAGGGCACCAGGGCCCUCUUCUUCCGCGAAACCCCCGGCGCCGACUCCUGCACGUGCUUUGUCAACCGUGCGUCAGUCCAGGGCUUGGCUGGGGCCUUUGGGGCGGAACCCACGCCGGCAGCUGUCCCAGGGCGCCUGGGGGGGCUGUGUGGCUGUGGCCUCCAGGAGGCGGUGGAUGGCGUCCGCUUCAUCGCAGACCACAUGCGCAGCGAGGACGACGACCAGAGCGUGAGUGAGGACUGGAAGUAUGUCGCCAUGGUGAUCGACCGCCUGUUCCUUUGGAUCUUUGUCUUCGUCUGUGUCUUUGGCACCAUCGGGAUGUUCCUACAGCCUCUCUUCCAAAACUACACCACUGCCACCUUCUUCCAUGCAGACCACUCUGCUCCCAGCUCCAACAAAAUAGAACAAAUUUCCAGUUGACAGUAUGAUGCCGGGACCCACCUCAAACUCCUAGCCCUGAAGACACGUCCCAGAACCUGAAACAGCAACUGGAAAGGAACCUUUCCCCAAAGGGCUGAUAUCUCCCUUAGAAGGGCAGGGUGCCGGCCUGGGGCUCACCCCGCCAGCUCUCCCGGGCUCCUGGCCCCAACCAGCUGCCGCUGUUGUCCAAGUCAGUCGGCAGAUGGCUAGGGGGACUUAGAGGGCAGCUUCUCCGAGUCCUCUGCAUGACCCACCUGGCGUUUCCAAGACACAUGGAAACUGAGGCCUGGAGUGUGUGUGCUGCCUGACCUUGUACGAGCACCUAAGUCUGAACUUGCUCAUCCUCACCUGUGAAAUCAGGGUGACAGCGCGCCGAGGGCUGCAGCAAGGACGAGGGAUCGAUGCACAUGAAGCGUUAACUGGGCAGGGUCCGCGGGGCAGUGCCUUCCCUCCUCCCUGCCUCUGGCUGCAGUAGGGAGAGGAGAGCAGGAGUGCGGGGAGGGGGACGCGGGCGCAAGGGCCAGGGCCAGGUGUUGCACGUCAGUAACCAGGAGGCUUUGGACCGCCCGUCUCCCCCGUCCUCGGGUCCUCUGUCCUCCCUCGGUGCUGUCCGGGCAGCACCUUGCCCCUUCUGUGGUGGGGCUGUCUCUGUAGAGAACUGGGUACCCAGCUCAGCGCUGGGCGAGGACCAGAAGCCCCAAGUCUGAAGGGAGGGGGAGACACUAGAUUGUAACCAGAGUGAGGUCAGCUCGAGAGGAGGCAGUGAGGAGACUUUUGAGAUGGUCUCCAUCAGAAACGGCUAAGACCGCAGGGGAUCUGAGAGCCAUUUUUGUCAGAAAAGCAGCCCUGCACAGACUCCCUGCUUUUGACAGCUGGCAUUGCAGCAGGAGGAAGGCAGUUUCCUGUCAAUGCGGGAGCUAAUACUGGAACAGCUGGUACCAAGUUAUUGAAAAUUUAAAAGCAAACAAGACAGGGGCAGCCCCCAACUGGCACUUUCCGCAGAGGAAGGCUGCCUGCAGAGGACGGGCCGCCGCUUCACCGCGAGGAAGGCGGGCACGCUCUGGGGGGGCUGUGGGAGCUGUGACUCCCGCCGUCUCCUCCCAACUGCAGCAUUAGUUGCUGUUCGCCAAGAGCUGGCUCCGUGCCACGGGCUUCAGGGUACCGUCCUCCUUCCUCACCAGCAGCCCUGCAGGGAAGGGGCCCUGCUGACAGGAGGGAAAACCGGGCUCAGAGACCCAGUGACAGCCGGUGAGCAGUGCUGGGUCUGAAACCUAAGACUUGUGAUCACAGAGGCCACGUGGCCUUGGCGGCAGGCAGAGGGAAACAGGGGCAUUUGGGUCUUUCCAGAAUUUGUUCCCCGAGCCAGUGGCCCCGGAUCCAACUGUCACCCUCUGCUUCUAGGCGUUGGGCUGGUGUCAGUGUCCCUCACAGCCCACUGGUGCUGACCAGCCUCCCACUCACCCACCCCAACUAGACAGAGGCAAGCAGCCAUCUUUUGAUACGCAUCCCAACAAGUCCAAGAGGUCAGUGUGAGAGUCACGUGGUUCCUAAGGGACUGUAGGUCUAGGAAUCGUUAGGACACGUCACUCACCCCCCCGCCCCCCGCCCUGGGGUGCCGCCUUCUCCCCAGCACUGGCCUUGGUGGGCCUCCCUUGUCUGUCUGCCUGGAAUAUUUGCACUAGUUUAGCCUGCUCCAGG